AUGCACCAACACAGAUCAAUAGACACAAGAGAUAAUCAUAACAACCCCAUGCUCCUUUUAGGUAGAAAACUUGGAUAUACCUUCAACAACCAGAACUUCCAUAACGUGUCUCUGGGGCAAGGACAGGAGGCAGUGGCUGAGGCUGCCCUGGACCUGGCCGCCAGGAAGGGUCACUGGGUGAUUUUGCAGAACAUCUACCUGGUGGCCAAGUGGCUCAGCACCCUGGAGAAAAAGCUGGAGGAGCACAGCGAGAACAGCCACCCAGAGUUCAGGGUCUUCAUCAGUGCGGCGCCUACACCCUCCCCUGAGGGUCACCUCAUCCCCCAGGGCAUCCUGGAGAACUCCAUUAAAAUCACCAAUGAGCCUCCCACGGGCAUGCAUGCCAACCUGCACAAGGCCCUGGACAACUUCACGCAGGACACCCUGGAGAUGUGCUCCUGGGAGACGGAGUUUAAGAGCAUUCUCUUUGCUCUCUGUUACUUUCAUGGGGUGGUGGCCGAAAGACGAAAGUUUGGGCCCCAGGGAUGGAAUCGCUCCUACCCCUUCAGCACUGGGGACCUCACCAUCUCUGUGAAUGUGCUCUACAACUUCCUGGAGGCCAACGCAAAGGUCCCCUAUGACGACUUGCACUACCUCUUUGGAGAGAUCAUGUAUGGAGGCCAUAUCACAGAUGACUGGGACAGGAGACUCUGCAGGACCUAUCUGGAGGAAUUCAUCAAACCAGAAAUGCUACUAGGAGAGCUGUGUCUGGCCCCAGGGUUCCUGGUCCCAGGAAACAUGGACUACAAUGGCUACCAUCAGUACAUCGAUGCCAAGCUGCCCGCAGAGUCGCCCUACCUCUAUGGCCUCCACCCCAAUGCGGAGAUCAGCUUCCUGACCCAGACCUCGGAAAAGCUCUUUCGCAUGGUCCUGGAGCUGCAGCCCCAGGACAGCCAAGGCGGAGAGGGGGCAGGAGCCACAAGAGAAGAAAAGAGGGAGCUGACUAUGACCGGUGACAUGGAGAACUUACAGAAUGCCCUGUACCUAGACACAGUGCCAGAGCCCUGGGCCAGGCGAGCCUACCCUUCCACAGCAGGCCUGGCAGCCUGGUUUUUGGACCUCCUCAACUGA